AUGGUACAGGAAUCUAUCAUAUCCAUGGUACAGGAAUCUUUCGUUGGCAUUAGAUGUUAUGGGAAUGAAAUUCCAAAAUGGUUCAGCCAUAAAAGUGAGGGAUGUUCAAUAAAGAUUGAGCUUCCUCAUGAUUGGUUUAGCACAGAUUUCUUGGGUUUCGCUCUAUCUCUUGUUGUCGUUGGUGCUAUAGGUUAUCUGAGUAUUGGAUGCAAGUACAACUUCAAAACUAGUAAUGGUGAAAGCCGUGAAGUCAACCAUCAUUUUAGUCAGCCCCUGGAAAAUUUGUUUUCAAGCGCAUCAUUUUCUUGUGAUGAGGUGUUUGUGUGGUGGUAUAAUCAAAGCCCCACUGCGUUUUACAAACUUGUUACUGAGGUCAAUGUUGACUUCACCGUUACUUCUGGAUUCGACCUCUUUGGGGAAAAUGAGCGGGAGGUGGAAAAGUGUGGGAUAUGUCUGUUGUAUGGGAAAGAUGUUGAGAUGAUAAAGCAGAGGGCUUUGUAG